AUGCCUUAUGAGAAACCGCCUGCUAACAUCAGCGAAUCAGCGACCGUCGGCUCAUCCACUUCACAAGAAGCUUCUGAGACUGCUACUGACUCGUUAACUUCAUUACGACCUUCUGAGACAUCCACGCUGUCUGCGACUUUGUCAGCCGACUCUAGCUCUCUUCAGCCGACGAGCCUCUCUGUCACAGAAUCGGCAUCUACCACAACUGAUGCAGCCACCUCAUCCACCAUUGCUCCUACUUCUACCUCAUCUCCAAUCCUUGGAACCUUCAACGCAAUCGGCCAAGGCGGCGGUGCAAGCAACACACCUGCCAGACUCCCCCCACCACAGUACGGCUCCAUAACGUUGGGCGGAUACAACCCUUCGGAUGUAGGACCAGGCGUAUUUUCCAUCGAGGCAGGCACCGGGGCCCUUUUUGUCGACGGCUCCAAGAUAUGUGGCUUCUACGGCGGCGGACAGUCUGCUUCGGUCUAUGUUUGCAAUGCCACGCCCCGGACAAAUGAGGCGCCCAUCACCUGCGAGCAGGGACAGACAGAUGGAGGUGCUCUGAAAUGCAGUGCACCAAUAAUGAAUUGCAUCGAAGACAAUAACGAUGAUAAUGAUCCCGUUUGCUAUGCCACUGGGGGUGUUUGGACACAAUUUAUGGGAUUCCAGUUGCUGGGCAAUUAUUACCUUCUUAGUAUAGGUUCUCAGGCUGCAGCUACUGGAUCAAAUGUUCCUAUCAGCCUUAUUAUCCAAGCUCUUUAG